AUGCAAAAACCUCCCGCCUGGGUAAUAGCCGCUUGGCCUGAGCCCAAUUACGUCGAUCCAGAAACACACGGAUGGGGGAAUGUUAUUCUGAAUAUCGUGUUAUACGUAGUCCUAUGUUGCUUUAUUUCACUGAGGAUAUGGACGAGGACAAGACUGCGGGCUUCGUUUGGGGCGGAUGAUAUGAUGAUCCUGUUUGCUAUGGUUGGUCUUACCUAUUAUCCGGACCAGAAUUCCACGACCGGGUUCUUUGUUCUGAGUCUGCUGGCAGAUUUGAAAUUUAUGUGGACCAGACAUCAAUAUGACAUCCCAAGCUCACAUGUAGAAUUUGGACUGAAGAUGGUCCUCUUGAUAGAGAUUAUGUUUGCAUCAGCAUGCACCUUCACCAAAUUAUCCAUGUUAAUGCUUGUUCGUCGCAUGUUAACCAGUGCCACGAUAUUCUGGAGACGGGUGACUCUGGCUGCUAUUUGUAUAGUCGGCUUACAAGGAGCCUUGUUUUGUAUCGUGUUGGUGUUUCAAUGUAGACCCCCGCAGGAUUACUGGAAAAUAACAGACGAGCCCCAACCGAAUUGUAUAGAUCAAUCUUCAACACUCCUUCUUGCCGGAAUCGUCAACACUCUUACAGACUUUCUCGUGGUCAUCCUUCCCAUCCGUACAGUGUACUCGACAAAUCUCCCACGUCGUCAAACUCUCAUCGUCUCUUUCCUCUUCACUCUCGGUUUCCUAUCAUGUUUUGCAGGUGUCAUUCGUACAUACUACAUGUACCAAGUAACACAAACAUAUGAUCAAGUAUGGGCUUCUUUCCCCGUAUGGGUUUCCGCAGCUGUAGAAUUAUAUGUUGGAAUUAUAUGCACCUCCAUCCCCGCCACAAAAGUCUUCUUCGCAACCUACAUUCCCAAAAUCUUUAACUCACAUCUCUCUCGCCCCUCCCAAUCUUCUUUCAGUGCCCCAAAUAUUUUCAAGAGCCUCCCAGUCCCACCUUCCGGCUUCGGCAUCACAUCGACCUCCAAAUCCACAAACUCUCUCCCCAAAUCAAAAUCACGUUCAAACUCCAGUUCCAAAGUCCUCAGCAGUCAAAGCUCCCAAAUCCCUCUAAACGGACGCGAAAAAGACACCCAAUACGAUAAUGACACCGACCUCGACCAAACCGUCGGAACGAGCAUUUUCGAACUCGGCACCUACACAAACCGCUCUAGCACUUUGAGCAAAACAAGCAGCACAUGCCCGAUAGUCUCCGACGAGGAAAUGCACAUCGGAACCGCAUCCGUGAUAUCCCCACUAAACAGCAAUCCAGUCUCCAGCAGCACCCAUAAUAUCGCGAAUCUAGGACGCAAUAUCCUGGGCUCCGUGCGACGGGACAAAUUAUCGCUUGGCGGCGAUCGCUCGCGGAAUCGAUCGAGGAACCAGGAUAGAGAAAAUGAUGAUCUUUAUAUGUCUCUCUCGGAGGAAUCGGGGCGGAAGGAAAAGGAAGGGGGUUGGGAUAUACAUAUUGAUGUGGUGAGGACGGUGGAGGUGGAGGAGGAAUGUAUUGCCGGGAGGAUAUGA